AUGGCGCAGGUAGCAUCAAACGAUUCGGCCCGCGGGUCGUUCGAUCUCUUGCUACUCACAGAUGCCACUGCAUCGAUGGGAUACUUUCUUUCGGCGCUGAACAAAUCUUUGCCUGAGAUUCUUUCUGUAUCAGCACUCACAGGAUGCUUCGAGCGGAUGGGAGUUUUGGCAUACCGCGACUAUUGCGACUCUCCACUCAUCGAGUUCUCAGGCUGGUGCUCGCCCGCAGGCAACUAUCAGGGCUCGGACGUCGUAUCACAGAAUGAUGUGCUGGAGAUGGCACGCAAGAUACAGCCAACUGGAGGCGGCGACUGGCCCGAGGCUGCAAAGACAGGCCUGGCCAAGGCAUACGCCGUCAUGAGGCCAGAAGCAACGACAAUCAUCUUGCUAUACGCAGAUGCCCCCCCUCAUUUCAAGGAGACAGAUGGCACCAACUACGGCAUGGAAAAGGCGGCACUCGCCGGCAACGACAUGUUUGGAGACAAUGGGAAGUUGUUUGUGGACUGGACAUCGGGCGCAAAAACCUUUGCUGCUGGACGCAAAAAGGCCGUUGUUUUCAGUGUUAUCCAAAAGCUCAACAUCAAUACACACUCGGCUUUUCUAUAUCUAUCUACAGUCACAGGAGGAAACUUGUUUGAGAUACAAGACAUGGCUCCUGACAAGAUCUCCCAGUUGACUAUUGGUAUCUUGCUUACGUGGAUGAGAUUGGGCAAGACGACCACCGAUACAGGGGCCAAAUUGGGAUACCUGACACGGUACAAGUCCCAUGCGGAUAUAUUGACGGCCAGCGACGAAGAGGAUCCAGUACUGCGGAAGUACAUUGGCAAAGGUCACUUUUCUCGGACCCCAUAUGUUCUUCAAUGUAUCAACAACGUCGAAACUGAGGCUGUGACUCUUGGUCAAGUGCCAAGCCUGGUCAAGGCACGCGGCCCAAGGGUUGAAAGCUUCGCCGACAAGUAUAACAACGAUCCGGAUUACAGGUCCAUGGCGUUUCGUCAGCUUCGACUCACUAUCGAGUCCAAUGUAUCGGCAAUAUCUCUAAACCCCAUUUUCGGGAGCCUAUGGCGAGCAGCCUGCAAUGACAGGCAGAACCCUGAAAGAGACCAGCUUCUUAACCUGUUUAGCUUUCAUGUGGACAAGAUCUCAGAUGACACUGAAAAGGCGCGUAUGAAGGCGUGGCUUGCUGAGUCUUACAACUAUGCCGAUGAGAUUAGAGAUAUCAUCAAGGCUGUUGCUCCUGAAGAUCGCUUCCCGAUGCUGUUCUUGGACCCUACAGCAGACUUUGGAUUCGUGGAAGAUGCCGACGGUGAUGGACGACGGCUGCAGGAUUUCACUCGAGCUGAACUGCUUGAAAUUGGACGAUCAUGCGACUACAAGAUUCUCCGGCGUUUGGGCAAGGUGUUGACCCGUCUGACUUUUGUCGCCUCCAAGGAAGAGCUUCCCCAUCACAUCAAAACAAAGAGCUCCAAGGUAUCUGUGCCAUGUGUGCCUCUCGCUCUUGCAAAGGAGAAAUAUGGCCGAGAAUUUUGGAAGAUACUCUUGCAUGCUGUCCUCCCGGGUACAAAGCUGGGUGCUCGCCCUGCCUCGCUGCUUGCUGCCCUUGCUCUUCGCAUGGGCAUUGUUCCUUUGCGCGAUGUGGCUGACGAGGCACUUAUCGCCUUUAAUGCCAAUUGGAAUACGUUGGAGGUUCCGGAGACGUGGAACUUGGGAUGCCUCAACCUCUUGCUAGAUGCCGACAAGGAUUACGAGAAGAGAGUUGCCGAAGGUGUUACGGUCAGGUCUUCGGACGAGGCUAGAGUUCUCUCGGCCAAGGAUCGCGAUACUUUCAAGGCGCUGGUGGACUACAAGAUGCUGGAGCUAAACUUGGACACUGCUCUCGAGGCACAAAUCACCUGGACUCCAGAAAAGACCAAGGUAGCUCUGGGUCCGCUCGUCAUUUGCAAAAAGUGCAAAUUUCCUCGCUCUGUUACCGUCAUGGCGGCUCGAGGCGUUUGCGGCUUGUGCGACAUCGAGAGCAAUGGGUGCUCCUGUCAUGCGUGCGCCGUUGAAGAAGGCCAUGAAGAGCGCAAGAAGGCCAAUGUCUCCAAGGACCAGACCGAGCAUUCGGAGGCAUACUGGGUCGAAUGUGCGCAGACCUCUUGCAGAGCCCAGUACGUCGUCUACAACCAAAAUGAACUGCGGGUACGUCCCAAAUGUUACUAUUGUCGACAUGCUAGCCCGAGCUAUAAGAAAGCGCAGGAUGGUGUCCGACAAGAUCUUGGACAGGCGCCAACGGUCGAAUGUUCUAAAUGCUUGGGUCGAAUAAUCUGGCCUGAAGAAUAUCGACCUGAUGAACUCGACAUGGCGGCCUACCAGUGUCCUGCAUGCGUUGCUGGCAAAAAGACGGUUGUUGGGGAGGAGACGACUGCACGAAAGCUGAGCAGCGAGAAUAGCUGGGACUGGCUUCUCAAGAACGAGGACAAGACGAUCAAGGAUCCUUUCAAUGGUCGUACAGUCUUUUACAUCGCCUCCAACAGCAAUCUUGACGACCUGGAUACCAAGGUAGAGGUUCUUCCUGCUGCCAAUCAGGACGGCUUCACCAUUCGUGGAAAGCAAGUGCGCAAUCCUGAUGACAUCAAAGCGUCUCUGUUGAACUGGGUGAGCUCACGACGGACUGAAUCAGCCACUUGCAGCCUCUGCUUCUCUAGCAUUCGAAAGAGCGAUGCCCUCCCUGCUUGUGGACGUUCAGGCUGCCAUCAGCUCAUCUGCGGUAGCUGUCGCGAUAGCUGGUAUGGCAUCAACACUCCCGGCAGUAUCCUCAACAUUCCCGCCCUACACUGUCCCUUUUGCCGCCGGCGUCCGGCCCCCAAGGCCAUCAGCAAGUACCGCCUGCACCAGAUUGGCAGUCUCCGCGCUGCCAUGGACGAUGCCGGCUCGUGGAUCUACGCCUGGUGUAAGACCUGCGGCUUCGCGAAACAGUAUGCCGAGAGGGUGUGUGCUGCCGGGUUGCCAGCCCAGUUGGUGGACUGGACGUGCGAAGAGUGCAAGCCUGAGUUGGUGGUGGGGAAGAAGCGCAUUCGAUGCUGUCCUGGGUGUGGCGUGGUGACGGAGAAGACGUAUGGGUGCGAUCACAUUACUUGUCCUUGUGGUGUGCACUGGUGUUAUGCCUGUGGUGUUGAAAGUUCAGCGGGGCAAAUCUAUGAGCAUAUGGAAGAGGAGCACGGAGGGCUGGAUUGGGGGGCUGAGACGGGGGAAGAUGAUGAGUGGGAGAUGUGA